CAGGCUGGAGCCAUGGCGGGCCGCAGAGCUGCCAUCAAGGCCAUCGACUGGGCGGCCUUCGCCGAGAGGGUGCCCCCCAACCAGAAGGCCAUGUUCAAUGCCCUGAAGACCCGCAGCGAUGCGCUGUCGGCACGGUUGGCCGCCCUGCCAGAGAAACCCCCGACCAUCGACUGGGCUCAUUACAAGGCUGCUGUUGCUAAAGCUGGCAUGGUGGACGAGUUUCAGAAGAAGUUCAGUGCCCUAAAGAUUCCUGAGCCAGUGGACACACAAACUGCCAAAAUUGAUGCCCAAGAGAAGGAAGCUGCAAAGACGACGGCUGAGUAUGUGCAGGCUUCCAAGGCUCGGAUUGCCGAGUAUGAGCAACAGCUUCAGAAGCUCAGAAGCAUGAUUCCCUUUGAACAGAUGACGUUUGAAGACUUGCAUGAAGUCUUCCCUGAAACCAGACUGGACAAGGAUAAAUAUCCCUACUGGCCCCACAAACCGAUUGCUGAUCUGUAAACUGGUCUGGAAGCAGUUUGUCUAACCACUGGCAGACUCUGUGAUCUUUUAAAUAAAGUGCUUUCCCUCCUGU